CUGCUGGUAAUGUUUGUCCAUUGUCUGUCAGAUACUGUCAUCAUUCUGUCAACGAGUAAAAACGAAAGUAGAGUUACGAUGGAAUAACAUUAUGAAUAUGAACUUAAUUAUUCUUUAUUCUAUUCAAAGAAAACUGCUGAAAAUUACUUCCUAAAGACUGAAUGUAGAUGUGUGCCGCAAUUGUAGUUCGCAAUGUCUUGCACACGCACCGAGACGAUACAAAAUACAACUGAAGUAAAACCACCAAUCCAACCAAGGAAUAAUAUAAAUAUUUCAAGCAAGACAAAUUGUGGAAGCAUAAUACCACCAAACAUUGGUCAUGCGUCAGAAAUACAUAAAGCUAUCAUACAGCAGAACAUUGCAAACCAUAAUAUAAGUGAUAUUAAUCGAAAACUACCAUCCUCUCCAAUAUCAAAUGAAUUUGACACCAAAAUCAAGCAAUCCAACUUAGAAACCGAUAAAACAACUGAGGAUACAUCUGACAAAGAAGAUGUUAUUGAAGUGGAAGAAGGAAAAGAGAAUGAAAUAGCUGAUGCACACAUAUUUUCUAUGAAAAGCACAUUGUCGACAGAAUUUAACAAUGCAGUGCAUGACAGCUUACCAAAUUCAGAGGAAUUGGAGAUAAUGGUCCUUGUGGGUGAGCUCAAUAUUAAUGCAAGGAUAACUGGAGGAACUGAAGCAAAAAAAUGUGUGGACCAUGAAUGGAUAACUCAAAUGAUUAUGACUAUGCAAUUGUCUGUGGAUCAUGAAAGGAUAACUGAAGUGGCUCAAUUGCAGAAAAACGAACAGAGGGACGAAUUCAAUCAAGCAAACAUGACUGAUGGUAUUUCAAAUGCGAAUGCUGCAUUAGCAAGCAUCUCAGCAAAAAUACAUGAUAACAUCUCAGUCCUAUUGAAUCGUAAGGAACACACCCUAAAAGAGAUUGCUGUAUUGAAUCCAGCAAUAAUGAGAGAUAAUACAUUAGCAAACGUAUUUGAUAAAAUGGGAUAUCUCAGCACAUUCACAUUAAAUUUUGAAGAAUAUGGAGAACUGUCACUACAUGGGGUGAAUUUAAGGCGUGAUAUUCAAGUAAUAAUGAAUGACUUCACUUUGGAUUUGCAUUCUUUAACAGCCAGAGUCACUUAUAAGAUGUUUUAUUUCGUCAUAGACAUGAUAAGAAAGUUAUCGGAUUUCACAGAAAUGAUCCAGACUCUGCCAUUGCUGGUACAGCUCUUUUAUGGAACGAAAGGCAUGUUUCUUAAAAUACGAAACCUACUUAUUGAACCAAUGCAUAUGUUCAAACAAAGAACACAAGAUGACGAUAUUAAUGACAUUAUCAAGAUUUUAUGUAUUUCAUAUAAGAAGAUACACAAAGGAUAUUUUGAUAUAAAGAUGCCAUGGCGAAAAUUGAAUUUAGACAACAAUACAUUUCCUUCAAAGGCAUUAUUCAACCUGAUACUCCUACAAAAAGAAAAUUCCAAGGUGGGAGCAAUGUUCUGUAAAGUACAAAUUCUAAACUAUUUUUUGAAAGCAGAUAUUAAUGAGCAGAAUUCAGAAAUAAAGACUAAACAAGAUAGUAAAAAGAAGUUGGUUGGUGCUAAAUACACAAAAAUGUUGCAGUGUUUGGACAAACAUUUUUUCAAAACUCUGGAUAACAAAUUACGAGCAAUAAUAUUGGACGGCUAUAAAGAUACACAUAAAGAGCAAAAACAAUACACAACUGCUAUAGAUACACAUGCAAGAACUAUGGAAAAACAAAAUAAAACUAGCAAAACAGCCAAAGAGCCAAGGCGAGAAAAGAUGCCUUCAAACACAAGAGUUCAUUCAGCACAACCAGAUGGAGGAUCGGUUGAAAUUCUCGACGGAAGAAAUCUUGCCGAUUUGCUUCUACCGCUAAAAGAUCGUCCACAUGUUGGGUAUCCUGCUUCUCAUCCUCUUUUAAUGGCAAAAAUCAGAUUUAUUGGUCAAAGUUCGGAACUGAAUUCUUUCUUGCACAGAAUACGUUCAUUUGUUUUAGGAGAAAAUCCAGGGAACAUUUCGUGGCCAGAUGAUGCUAUGGUCAGACCAUUACCGUUAGCCUGUUCUGGAUUUAGUUACGAAGGAAAUGGAAAAGAAAUUGUCUGCAAAUAUUGCGGUUUUAAAACCGAUACAGAUUCAUGGCAUGACAACGAUGAGAAAUAUGGAAUGUCUAUUCACCGAAAAGCAGGAACAUUUUGUCCUUUUAUGAACUCUUUUAUUGAUUCAGAAGUAGUUAUUCUAGAAGAUGAUGACGAGCUUGAUCAAGAACAAUCUCAGGUUAACACUUUGUAUUUUUUAUUUUGUCGACCUGAGACUUGCUUUCAAGAUAUUAAGAUCUUAAAUACGUUUUUUACUAGCCGACGUAUACAACACUCCCAACCAAUUAUCACAGAAGAGUUAGUUGAUAAGUUGAUCUUAAAUGAAUUUUAUGUAAAACAAAAAAUCUUUUUCGACAAAUAUUUCAGUAAUGGUAAGAAAAGAUACAGGAAAAAUAUGUAAAUCAUAUUAAAAUACUAAACUAAAAACAUUAGUUGUUGUCUUCAUAUAUAUGUGAUAGGGAUAAUUUGUGUAAAUUGUGCAUCUUCAUUUGGAAAUGUUUGAAAAGGGUAUUCUUCAUAAAUAUGAUACUUUUGAACUUUCAUUGACAAACUGUUCGGUCAUAAAAUGUCAUUAUAUUGUUAAACUAUUCAUUGUUUUAUAGAAAUCAUUUUAUUUGCAAUAUUUGUCCGUCAAAGUAAUUUCAUUAUGAUGUAACGAUUCUUCUUUGUAAAGCUUUUU